GUGUAGAACAUAACAUAUUGUACAUCGGCGUCUGGUGUGUGUGUGUGUCUCAAUGAUUCCGUUGGUGUUAACGUUGUAAGACUGACCACGUACACAGACUGCCCGUCCACUAUACAUAUAUAAACCAUUUAACCUGGGCUAUCAAACCGUCUCUCGUUCACCUGUGGAUAUUGCCCAAAUAAACGCCAACAGGUACACAUAUUUCGAAUAUAUUUGUACAAUUCUUUGUACGUGUGCUAUCAGUACUGAAGAAAACAGACGACAGACUGGAGGUCAGUAUGGCGGACAAGAAAACCACUGUAGCUGUAUGCAUGGACGGGAGUAAACAUUCCGACUACGCCCUAGAAUACUAUAUGGAAAAAAUCCAUCGGCCGGAAAAUGAGGUUCAUAUCAUCCACUGCGGUAACUACAAAGCGAUGGAAAGUUUGUCUAUGUCCAUGGCUCCAGCCGAACCUGGACUUUUACAGUCCGUCAUAGACGAAGAGGAAAAGCGAAUCCAUGAAACUAUGGAGCAUAUCAAACAGAAACUCCAUGACUGGCAUCUGAAUGCCGUUAUCUCAAGAAUCCAUGGAGAUCCCGCGCACGUGUUGUUACACAAGUGUAACGAUAUUGGUGCAAAAAUGAUUGUUAUUGGAUCACGUGGGCAGGGGAAGAUCCGACGGACAUUUCUGGGCAGUGUCAGUGACUACAUCGUUCACCACGCACACGUACCGGUCGUUGUGUGUAAACACGAAAGUCAUUUCCAUCCUCAUCAUGGACACACAAACCAUUAACAAAAUUGAUAUUUGGUUAUUGACGCAAGUGGUGCAUUUUCGGGGUAUUCUAUGACUUUGUAAAUAUUGUAUAUCUGUGUUUAAUCAUGACUUUAUACCUGACCAAAUUGUAAACUACUGGUGAUGUAACAACUAAUAUUAUGUAUCAGCGAAAUGUUAAUUACCAGACCUACACCAUUUGCAAUUUUCAAAAGCAGUAUUCUGAAACGCAUUUAGCGCUGCUAUAAUUUUGCGCAAUGUUUUUGGAAUGGAACGCGCAUAAAAGAUUACCGCUAAAUUAUGUACUUUUACAGAAUUACAUAAGUGUAGCAUUAUUUAAAGUGACCACUUGUGACGUCAUAUUUUAUAGGACAUUGUUUUGUUUAAUCUUAUUAGGAACCCUGAAUAAAUGGUCGACAUAUGUGAACUGUAAACAUCUCGUCAUACAUUAUUGGUGCAAUAAAUGAUAUUUUAGGCACGUCGUAUGUGAUAUAAUGAUAUGAAAAUAGAUUAACCAAAAUCACCAUUCCUUAUUUGGUAUUUAUCGACAGUUUAUUUUUAAAUGCUACAUGUAUCUUGAUAUGGGUAAUUUGCCAUUAUGCUGUGGGUUGUUAGCUAAGAUGGUAUGGCGAAAUGGCUGCUUUGUUAUGGUAUGGUGUUUUGCAAGCAAUGUAAAAGAUAUUUUGUACGGUGUCUUUUUCGUUAAAAAUGUUAUUAAAUAAAGUUGUUGGGACAAAAACAA